AUGAUCAUCAUAUUAGUAACAUGGGUAGGAGCAUUAGUAUUUCUAAUAAAGUUAUUGAACAAAUUGUCCACUGGAAAGUGUUAUUCGGAUACUGUAAUGAGUGGGAAAGUGGUUGUGGUGACGGGAGCAAGCGGUGGAAUCGGCUUUGAGACUGCGCUCGAACUGGCAAGAAGGGGAGCCAAGGUCAUCGUGGCAUCUAGAAACAAUGACAAAGGUCAGACAGCUGUACGCAGAAUCAUCAAGAGGACCAAUAAUAAUAGGAUACAUUACAUACAUUUAGAUCUCACAUCCUUACAAUCAGUUAGAAAAUUCGUUGACCAGUUAAAAUCAAGGGAAGCUAAGCUAGAUGUUCUCAUCAACAACGCAGGCGCCAUACUGACAUCCAGGGAGAGAACCGAGGACGGUAUCCUGAAGGAUCUGCAGAUCAAUUACUUCGGACCGUUUCUAUUGACCGUGCUACUGGUGCCGAUGCUGAAAAAGGCAUCGCCUAGUCGUGUCGUCAUCGUGUCGUCCUCGUGGCACAAAUUCGGUACAGUCAAUGAACUGAACAGCGACAAACAUGGUUAUAUACAGGCGUACGCUAACAGCAAGUUGUGUAAUAUUAUGUUUUGUAAACAGCUGUCCAACCGUCUGGAGGGGACGGGAGUGGUUGUCAACUGUUUGAACCCUGGCCUCGUUAACACAUCUUUGUACAGGAGUUCAACGGUUCUGGACAAGUUGAGGAGUUUGAUGCUAUACGCCUUCUUUAAGACACCAGAAGAGGGCGCGCAGACGUCUGUAUAUUUAGCUGUCGAUAUAGAAUGCGAUCAGGUUAGCGGCAAGUACUUCGAAGACUGCAAGCAAGCCCGACCGUCCUAUAAGGCUGAUGAUGAAGAAGCAAGAGACAAGUUGUGGGAAUUAUCAAAGGAUCUCGUCAAAUUGACACCGGAGGAAGUCAGACAAUGUUUUAGUGAUACUACAUGA